AUGCCUGUAACUUUGAUAGAAAAGAGUGCAGUACCCAUCACGAGAGAACAUCUAGUCGUCGACACCUCCACCAAAUACCAGACCGUGACGCAUACCCGGCCCUCCUACGGCUACGGAAAUGACGUCAUCGUCGUAACUGAGAAUGUCAUCAACUUCCAGCCCUCUUACGUUACGCAGACCCACUACGAGACCAGCUACGUCACCCACACCAGCAUCCAGCGCGUGCCUACUUACUCUUCGCAUGCACGGUCCUUUCCCCGUGUCCCGCCCUUACACCUGACAUCCCGCCAUCAGCAGGCUGAGAAAAAAACUCCUGGUGCGCUUACUUUCUCACCCGCCAAACUAAAAGUUGCAUUCACUUCGCCCCGAGAGCCAGUCGCUGGGCGUCCGUGGGUGAGGAUGGAGGUAACGCGUACAGGCAAGCUUCAGGUGGUGGUGUGGUUAUUGGCUGUCUGGCUGUCCGGUGCAGCGUCAACCAAGGGAAAAGGGAAAGGCAGGGAGGGCGGCCUGUCUGCCCCCUUGCCCCUCCCACCAAUCGCUGCCCCAGUCCCGCCGCCCAACAUUCACGUUAAGCCCUACCCUGUGCCGCUCCCACUGUACCCAUCUACAGGACGCAGGUGGAAACCCGUUAUCGUGACCACCACCUUCUACCACACCAGCCUCGUCACCAGGGACCACGAGGCGACCAGCAUCCUCUAUACCACCGUCCGCAACACUGACUUCCAAUACGAAAGUUCGGAGGCUGUUGUGACGAACCACGUGACCGUCACCAGCAUUAAGAGGGUGCCGGUCGCUACCACCGUCACUAGCAUCAGCCUGACGGUGGAGCCGCAAGUAACGACCGUAACUAAGACUGUGCAACAGGGAACCCCCAAGUACUUCACCAAGACCACGUAUGUCACGCGGACGAUAUACGAGCAGCCGAGGAUCACCGUCACCGAGCAGUUCGAGUUGCCGUAUGACAACACUCAGUAUCAGGCUGUGACGGAGACACUCUACUUGACUCAGACUGUCGAAGCCAAACCGAGACCCCCAGUCGCAUCAACAGUGGUGAGGACGGAACACAGAAACACCCCAGUCUACGUCACCGUGACCGUCGUGAACACCGAAGCUGUCACCACCACCGUGCAGCAGCCGGACCCUCAGACCGUGGUGGUGGAGGGCCCCUGCAGCAUAAACACUAAGAAAGGUUUUGGAAGGAACAGAAAUAAUAAGAAUUCCUACGGUCCUUAUUAAUUGGACACUAAUAGUAGUCUCCGCCAAGGACACACCGUGAUCCAUGACGCACCAUACAUAUUCCGUCACCCUCAUCCUAACAAUAUACACAUACCACGGGUAUCACUAAAUCAUGCAUGACACAUGUUUUUACCAUUCACCAAAGCCACAGAACGCCUGACUGCUGAUCUCUAUAAAAUUUCUGAUUGGGGCAGAACAAACUUAGUGUUGUUCAAUGCUUCAAAACUCAAUUCUUCCAUCUAUCAACUCGACACAACCUUCCACACAACUAUCCCCUCUUCUUCAGUGACACUCAACCGUUCCCCUCUUCUACAUUGAACAUCCUCGGUCUGUCCUUUUCUUAUAAUCAAAACUGGAAAUUUCACAUUUCAUCUCUAGCUAAAACAGCUUCCAUGAAGUUAGUUGUUCUGAGACAUCUCCCGCCAGGUUUUUCAUCCCCACCCCCCCCUCACCCCCAGCUCCUAACUCUGUAAAAGGGCCUUAUCCGUCCAUGUAUGGAGUAUGCUUCACAUGUCUUUGGGGGUUCCACUCAUACCGCUCUUUUAGACAGGAUGGAAUCAAAAGCUUUUCGUCUCAUCAAUUCCUCUCCUCUAACUGACUGUCUUCAGCAUCUUUCUCAUCGUCGGAAUGUUGCAUCUCUUGCUAUCUUCUACUGCUAUUUUCAUGCUAACUGCUCUUCUGAUCUUGCUAACUCCAUGCCUCCCCUCCUCCCGCGGCCUCACUGCACAAGACUUGCUUCUUUCUCUCACCCCUAUUCUGUCCACCUCUCUAAUGCAAGAGUUAACCAGUAUUCCCAGUCAUUCAUCCCCUUCUCUGGUAAACUCUGGAACUCCCUUGCUGCUUCUGUAUUUCCACCUUCCUAUGACUUGAACUCCUUCAAGAGAGAGGUUUCAAGACACUUAUCCUUCAAUUUUUGACCACCACUUCGGAGCCUAUUCGAGACCAGCAUCUUAGUGGGCCUUUUUUUUUUUUUUUAUUAGAUUUUUGUUGCCAUUGGCCGGUGUCCCUCCUACAUAAAAAAAAAAAAAAAAAAUUAAAAAAAAAUUAAAAAAAAAAAAAAAAAAAAAAAAAAAA